GGGAGGGUGACUACCUGCUGAAAGUGAAAUUUCUUGAUAUCCGUGCUUAUAUAUAAACUUAGCCCUGCCUUUGAUGUUCUACAACUGAUCAGCGAUCAGAUUACAGGCACUUCAGCUCCCUGCUCCUCUGCCUUUGAUCUGCAUGGUUAAUUUCAUUUUCCUGGAUUUGAAGUUUCGUCUGGGCUUGUGCUGACACACAAUUUUGGGAAGGUAGAAGCAUUUGGCAUAGCAGGGCUGCCAAGGAGAAACUAAGUUGCGGAGAGGAACUCUUCAACAAUAAAUACAUAUAAUAAGAGCGAUGGCUUUAAAAGUGCUAUUAGAACAAGAGAAAAUAUUUUUCACCAUCGUAAUUUUACUAGCCUGUUUGGCAUGUAAAGUGAUUUGUGAAACAGGGGACUGUAGACAACAAGAAUUCAGGGAUCGGUCUGGAAAUUGUGUUCCCUGCAAGCAAUGUGGGCCAGGCAUGGAGUUGUCUAAGGAAUGUGGCUUUGGCUACGGGGAGGAUGCCCAGUGUGUGACAUGCCGGCCGCACAGGUUCAAGGAGGACUGGGGCUUUCAGAAAUGCAAGCCAUGCCUGGCCUGUGGGGUGGUGAACCGCUUCCAGAAGGCAAACUGCUCUGUCACCAGUGAUGCCGUCUGCGGGGACUGCCUGCCAGGAUUUUAUAGGAAGACAAAACUUGUUGGUUUUCAAGACAUGGAGUGUGUACCUUGUGGAGACCCGCCUCCCCCUUACGAACCACACUGUACCAGCAAGGUCAACCUCGUGAAGAUCCCAUCCACGGCCUCCAGCCCGCGAGACACGGCCCUGGCUGCCGUCAUCUGCAGCGCUUUGGCCACCGUGCUGCUGGCCCUGCUCAUUCUCUGCGUCAUUUAUUGUAAGAGGCAGUUUAUGGAGAAAAAACCCAGCUGGUCUCUGAGAGCACAGGACAUUCAGUACAACGGUUCUGAACUGUCGUGUUUUGACAGACCUCAGCUCAGCGACUCUGCUCCCAGGGCGUGUUGUCAGUGCCACCGGGACUCAGCCCAGACCUGUGGGCCUGUUCACUUGAUCCCAUCCUUGUGCUGUGACGACGCCUGCAGCAUCGACCGGGUGACUCUGGGUUGCAGGGUGCAUUCCAAGGCCACAUUUCAGGAGAGAAACUCAGGUCUGGUGGGGGAGACGACACCGACUUUCUUCAGGUCCCUUUCGCGGUCCAUCUGUGGCGAGUUUUCGGAUGCCUGGCCUCUGAUGCAAAAUCCCAUUUGUGGUGACGAAAUCUCUUUUUGUGACUCUUAUGCUGAACUCACGGGAGGAGAUAUUCAUUCUCUCAAUCCAGCAAAUGAAAGCUCAUUAUCCUUGGAUUCAAACAGUAGUCAGGAUUUGGUUGGUGGCGCUGUUCCAAUUCAAGCUCCUUCUGAAAACUUCACAGAAACUACUGAUUUAUCUAGACAUAACAACUCAGUGACAGAACCGGUGCUAACUCAGGAUACACUAACUACUAGAAGCCAGCUAGAUCAAACGAGUGGCGAUAUCAUUCACCUAACUGCCCAAGCGUCCCUCCAGAGCACACGGGUACCUGGAUAUUUGAACACCAGUCUCGCCCGUGUGUGAUUACAUUCAUGUGUACUCCUAGUAAAAGAAGCUUAAAGGACUCGACUCUUGCUGGAAUAGAAAUGCGCAUAUGGAACCCAAGGGGCACGCACUCCUCCACUUAGGCUUAGGGACUCAGUACCGUCUGGACCUUGCACGGCUUCUGGGGGGAAAAAAUAAAUCUGAACCAAACCGAUGGCAUUUUAAGCCUUUCAACAACCAGUUGUUUCUGAGCCAGACCAGCUGUAAGCUGAAACCUCAAGGAAUAACAAGAAAAGACUGCAGGCUCUCCUGAUGCUUUGCAUCUUUCCUAAACAAGAAGCUUCUAUGCUCCAAGCGUGACUUCAAAGACUGAUGUGUGGAGCGUGCAGCCUGCGAGGUUACGGGCCUAUAACAAGAACCAGAGAUGCAGUCAUGCUGGUUUUCAUGGUGAAUGUGGUUUUACAAGACGGAAGACCCAGAGGAUACAUUUUCAUCUGCAUUUUCUUCCCCAAAAUAAUUUCACAUAGCCGAUUAGCCUACUGAGAGUCAAUGUCAGAUUAGCUACAUAGUUUUUAUGUAGCAUGGGUUCAAAACUGAGUGUUCCUAUUUGAUGCAGGUCACUUUUGCAUCAUCUGAACUAAUUAGCUUAGGAGGUUAGAAUUGCCUUCAUGCCGCCUGCCUAAAUCUUGGGUUUGUUAGAUGAAGUCAACUGGUCUAAGUAGGAAUCAGAAGAGAACAAGUCCUUUCCAGAAUGGACACCCCCAACCUCGGCCACCUCUCACAGACUCCUGCCGGAGCUACUAACAAGAAGGGGACUGAGUUAGGGGAAGAGGUGGGGGAAGGGCCCCUCACCCUGGGUCAGAAACCACUUAAUGCACAUAUGCUAGAGACUUGCAAUAAAGAUGAGCAUACUUCUGUGAAAAUCAGCUGACAUGGGAGCAUUUGCUACUACUCUAUGCCUGUGACUGAACUUAGAAGAUCCAGAGUUUCCCUUUUAUAGGAAAGUGGUAUUUAUAAAAAUAAUGCGCUUUCUUUCUCUUUCUCCCAACCCCUUCCCCCCUUUCUGGCAACAACCAAUCUGUUCUCUAUAUCUGUGAGCUUGGUUUGGGGUUUUUGUUUUUGUUUUUGAUUUUGCAUCAUAUCUUGUAGUAAGGCUUUAGAAAUUACAACAUUAUCAGGUUCCCUUACUACUGAAAUAUAUCAACAAGUGAGUCAUCCUAUGAGACCACACUCCAUAUUAGAACCAGAAGAAAAAGCACAAUUUGUAAGCAGCGUUUAGGUGAACGGUCUGCCACUGCCGUAGUAUCAUUUGGCCAGGAUAUUACAGUGUUCCUUCCCAUCUUAUAAGCUCGGUUAGGACAAUAGUCUCCCACUGUAGCCAGAUGAUGCUGGAUUUAAGAGUGUGCUGCUUCUAUAAUACUCAGGCUCUCGCUCCAUCCUUCCUCACCUGGGUAUUUAGGGCUAGAAUUCUAGUGAUAUCCAGAGCUGACAGAAAUGAACCCAGUUCAGUCAUGAACCAGGGGACAGCUCAUGGACCCUUCCUCGUUAGGCUCUGGAGAGGAAUUGAUUGCGCAGGAUUUAUUUUUUUCCUAUUCGAACCUACAUGAUCAGAUCUGGCCUUUGUCUUUUAACUGAUUGCUGUCAGCUCUGUCGUCCCACGUGCACUUAAAAAAGAAAGAGACCUUAGAAAUAGAACAUCAGUGUGUUAGAGUCACUGAAAUAUUUUAUUUCGGAAUUGCCCCACCCAAAUCAGUGUCUUUUACCUAACGUUUAAGCUGAACAUUAAAAACCUGUCUUUCCUAGGACACUGUUUUCUUCUCACUUAUUACCCCAUCCAUGCUUUUCUCUCUUUGCAAGACAUUAGCGAAUCCUUGUGGCUGGAACAGUGUGUAUCCAUAGUUUCAGGUUCUGAUAUGUAUAUAUUAGCUUAUCUGAUUUUGCUAGUUCUUGUGACCUCAGUUCCUUUAACUGAAAUGGGAAAUUAGAGUGUCUCGUGGUACCCCACAAGCUUUUGUGUCUACUGAGCGCCCAGGCGUAAUUGAGUGACUUUUUCUUUUCCUUUUUUAGCAUAAACCAUAGGUUCUUAAACUUGGGUACUCACCAACUCUUUUGAGAAUUGCCCUUAGGAAAUUCAGGUAAAAUAUUUGGGAUUUGACCGCAAGAUGUCUACGAAAAUGUAAGUAGAGUUUCUUGAGUGGCUUCGCUGUAAUUCACAUAUGUGUGCCAUUGUUUGCAAUCUGAUCAUUUUUGUUAUGACAGAGGGAUGAUCAAAGUAGGUUGAGGUUGUGCUCAUUUUUGUAACCAGAAUAUAUUUUCCAUAUGUAGAGCCCUCAUUAACUUUAAAGACAAAACUUGCUGGAGAAAGCUGGAUUAAUGGGAAUGAGACUUUGGCGAAAAAUCCUGAAACAUCACUUUUGAUCAGCAGAGAAAUGCUGAGGGUCGAAAGUGGAUAUGAUUUAAUAGUGCAUUCAAAAAAUCCUGGGUUGUUUUUAUCAAGAUGAAGACAUUUUACCCCCACCUACUGUAGAAACAUACAAUGUUAUAUUGUACACUCUUUGUAAACACUUGAGAAAAAAAUCCGUUUUGCAUUUCACGUUGUUGGAAUAUGCUACAGCACUCAAACUCAGCUGCUAGUGUGUUGAUGCCAGAAAACCAUCAAGUAACAACAGGACUGGGAGAGCACGAUUGUGACUUUUAAUGCUGCAGAAACUCAUCAACAAGAAUGAGACAAGGAUUUGGAGAGCAACCACAGAAAGGCAUGAGUUUUCUAAUUUCGUGUAUGUGGAAUAUAUUUUUCAGAUAUAGAUUGUUCUACUUUAGAUAAAGUGUUAAUAUUGCUGUUACCUAGGUUAAGUACAAUUGUCUAUGCUAGUGAGAAAACUAGGUAAGAAAAGGAAAAAAAAUCCAUCACUGCUUUAAGUAGCUUGAAUCAAUUUAGAUUUCAUCAUGACUUUUGCAUACUGGAAUUUAUCACUUUGUAAAUUUUCAUUUUCUUAUACGAAUAGUUUUGUAAUACCUUUUUUAUUUGUGAAUAAAAUUGUUACCUGGUGUUCUUAUUUGCAUGUCUAGUAAAAUGAUUUGAGUGCACACCAUCUUGCUGUCCAUGUGAGGGUCUCACUACGUUCUGAUCCUUCCAGUAUGACCCUCUCCGGCCCCUCAGACUCUAUGGGGGAGAUCUGAUACCCUUACUACAGACCCAGCUAUAUGUUUCUCAGGCAUGUCAAGCUACUGCAAAAUGCUUUGAGUUAUCUGAGAAGCUUUGGUAUCAAGAUUUUAUUACCAUCCCUAAUUUUUUUCUCUCAUUUUAUGACACAAAGAGGGAAGGAGCUAAAGAAGUUUUACAUUCAUUCUUUGUGGAGGUUGUAGGGUGUUCUGCAGAGGAGUGGACCAAAGAAAGGAAGAAAGUUCCAUGGAGCAACACUGCUCACUGUAAGAGUUUCUGUUUUCCUUCCUAGCUUCUUACCCUCCUUCUUUCUUAAUCCCUGUAUCCCCUCUUUCCUUCCUUCCCCCCAGUAAAGCUUUAAAAGCUAUUAUUAGAGUUUGAGAGAGAACUUUCACCUUCCU